CAGGCCAUUGCAGCGUGAACGUGAGACACUUCCAUGAACAAGGCAAACUGUUGCUCAGCUCUUCGUAUGGUCGGCCAUGUUUGUAGUCCUGCGCGUGGCCUUCCCACGCAGCAGUGACGUCAGACAGCAGAGCUGCAGGACUCAGACACACCAGAAGAGACAGCAGCGAGCAGAACAUCGUCAUUGGUUCUGCAGAAGUUUGGAAAAGGGUGAAGCAGUCAGCGACAGAGGACUUUUGACUGGCAGACAUGAAUCAGUUUGUGAGAGUUCCGGCUCUGAUCGGCCGGACCUUCAGUACAUCUAACAGACAUCUGAGGAACAAAGUUCCAGAAGCCCAGAAACUCUUUCAGGAGGACAAUGGACUGCCGGUCCACAUCAAAGGGGGGGUGGGUGAUGUUCUUCUGUACCGCGCCACGAUGACACUGACUAUUGCAGGAAGUUGUUACUCCAUGUACUGGCUGCUCGUGGCCUCCAUGCCUCACAAGAAGGCUUAGAUUCACCUGGGCUCCGUCUACUUCCUGCACAAGACUGUGUAUUAACUAUAUGAUGAGUUCACAUCCAUGUCAAAGUGUAUAAAGAAGCUUCCCAGCC